UUUCCUUCUCCUCCAGCUCUCUCCUUCUCUGCAAAUCAGCUUGACAGUGAGAGAGGCACAAUUCGAACAACAACGAUCUCUCACAAAAGCUUCAAUAGAAAACCCUAACUCUCUCUCUCUCUCUCUACAUACCUAGUUUUCCCCAAAUCUUCAUCCGUGGUUUCCUCAAAUUUGCCCUAGAAUUUGUUGCCAGAUUGAUUACCUUGUCGCCUUUGUCUCAGUGCUCGAGCACUGAGUUGACUCACACGUUCUGAUCUUCGAUUGUGCUCGGACGAUUUCGUAUCAGCUUUUGCGGAUGGUUUGAGGAAUUCUUGAGGUGUUGGUGCUGUUGAAUCAUGGGUAGUAGUGAGAUGGAUAAACCUGCAAAGGUGCCGAAGGAGGCGAAGGAAUCUAAGACGCCUACUACGCAGGAACAGCCUUCAUCUACACCCACUGGCACAGCUGCUCCAGACUGGUCUGGUUUUCAGGCAUAUUCUCCUAUGCCUCCACACGGGUUCUUGGCAUCAAGCCCUCAAGCUCACCCUUACAUGUGGGGAGUUCAGCACAUUAUGCCGCCCUAUGGUACGCCACCACAUCCAUAUGUUGCUAUGUAUCCCCAUGGUGGCAUAUAUGCUCAUCCAUCCAUGCCUCCGGGAUCUUAUCCUUUUAGUCCUUUUGCUAUUCCUUCCCCUAAUGGCAUUGCCGAGGCUUCUGGGAACACGCCUAGCAGCAUGGAUGCUGAUGUUAAGUUAUCUGAGGGGAAGGAAAAGCUACCCAUCAAGAGAUCUAAGGGAAGUUUGGGCAGUUUGAAUAUGAUUACAGGAAAAAAUAAUGAACCUGGUAAAACCUCAGGAGGAUCUGCUAAUGGAGUCUAUUCCAAAAGUGAUGACAGUGGGAGUGAAGGUUCAAGUGAAGGAAGUGAAGGAAGUUCUCAAAAUGACUCACAAAUGAAGUCAGGAAGCAGGCAAGAUUCUUUGGAAGCAUCUCAGAAUGGUGGAGCUAUGCAUGGUUCCCAGAAUGGAGGGCCAAAUGCACAUCAAACAAUGGCUGUCAUGCCAAUGUCAGCUGCAGGUGCUCCAGGAGCUAUCCCUGGUCCGACCACAAACUUAAAUAUUGGUAUGGACUACUGGGGUGCUGCAACUUCUUCUACGCAUCCUGCACUGCGUGGUAAAACACCUCCUGCUCCAGUUGCAGGUGGGAUGGUCACUGCUGGAUCACGGGACAUUCAAUCACAGCUUUGGAUACAGGAUGAAAGAGAGCUUAAAAGACAGAAAAGGAAGCAGUCUAACAGGGAAUCUGCUCGUCGAUCCAGGUUGCGAAAGCAGGCAGAAUGUGACGAGCUGGCCCAGCGUGCUGAAGUUUUGAAAGAAGAAAAUGCCACUCUUAGAUCAGAAAUGAGUCGCAUCAGGAGCGAGUAUGAACAGCUUCUUGCACAGAAUGCUUCUCUGAAGGAGAGACUUGGGGAAGUUCCUGGGCAAGAAGAUGCUCGGUCUGGCAGGAAUGACCAGCAAGCUGGCAAUGAUUCACAAUCGACUGGGCAGUGAUAUCUAAGGAGGGGAUUACGCUAACCAAUUAGUAACAUGUUGUCCUUAUUUUACAUAGUAAAUGUAGGUCAAAAUUCGUUAAAACCUGAUGUUUUUAGUCUCAGGAUCUGUUUUAUGUAAUAUUAUCCGUCAUUCUGGGUUCGACCAAGCUUUAAGGUCGAAGAACCCAGAUGGCAUGUAGAGCCUGAAAUCUGUGUCACACUCUUAAUUAUAUGUUAAAUGAGUGUAGGAUGAUCAGUGAUUUGCCUUGGUAAUAUGUAUUAAAUAGGGUUUGAUGAAUGUGCUACACUGAGAAUUAAUAAUCUUGAAUAUGCUGUAUUUUGUAUGAAUUUCAUGUUCUGGUGUAUGAGGAUUAUGAAUUU